AAUAAGGAAUAACACGCGAAAGCGUCUGUAGAUACACGCGAGACACGGCAAGUUAUGGGAGCUGGACAUUCCUGCCAGCAGCGACCAAUUUUUUAAGGAGUGCUUUAGAAUGAGCCGCGAAUCCUUCGCCUUUUUAUGCAACGAAGUGACGUCCAUUGCAAAAGCCGAUACAACUUUUAGGAAAUGCACCCCUUUAGACAAGCGCGUCGCGAUUGCUUUAUAUGCGCUUGGUUCCUCAGCUGAAUACAGGACAAUCGGCCGGCUGUUUGGAGUAUCAAAAGGAAGCGUAUGUAAUAUUUUAAUAGACUUUAGUUCUGCGGUAUGGGACAAGCUCGCCCCUAAGUAUUUACCCAGCACAUUCCUUACGCAAGAAAAAAUUGAAGAGUGUGUUAAGGGAUUUGAGAAAAUUGGAUUUCCUCAAUGUCUCGGCGCUGUCGAUGGAUGCCACAUUGAAAUAAGACCAUCAGCCGCUGAUGCUGUAGACUAUCAUAAUUAUAAGGGUUGGUACUCAAUGGUUUUACUAGCCCUCGUUGACUACAGGUAUAGGUUUAUGUAUAUAAAUGUUGGAGCACCCGGCCUCUGCAGCGAUUCUCAAAUUUUCUAAAAAUCAUCAUUAAAAUUAAUUCUCCAAAGCCCUCUUCACAGCGAGAAUGCGAAACCAAUAUCUUGCACAAAUGUUCCAAUCGUUGUGCUGGGAGAAACAGCAUUUCGCUUUACGCAAUUUCUAAUGAAGCCUUAUCCUUACAACGCAACAGCCGGAAACAGCGAAAAGGUGUUUAAUUAUCAACUUUCCAAAUCUAGAAGAGUAGUAGAGAAUGCCUUCGGCCACUUGAAAGCAAGGUUUAGAAGAAUUGGUAAAGGCAUUGAUAAUGACAUCA